UCUCCCUUCCUUCCUUCCCGUCCAUCAGUUCCCCCACCAAAAACUAGGGUUAGGGUUAGGGAGGCGGCGGCUGCUUUAUUCCCGAUGCCGAUCGCCAUGGACACUGGAGGCGCGCCGGAGCCGGAGCCGGAGGAGGAGACAGUCGUCCUCCCUCAUUGGGUGAUGCUGGACCGCAAGGGCAACACCCUCUGCCACAACAGUCUAGAAGCUGCUCGUGUGGCUGUCGACAAGGACAAGACCGCCGCUCCGGUCGACAUGGACGGCGGCCCCUCCUGCUACGUGGCCUUCACCCUCGCGGCUCCUCAAAAAGGGAUCUCCUGCCUCAACCUCCACUUGCCUGAGGGACCUCCAAUUGCCUUAGACACCCCGCCCGCCUAUGCCUUCCUCCGGGCAACCGACAACAACCUCGUCCUCUUUGACAUCUCCAACCCGCAGAAAAAAGUCCUCUUCGACAUCUCCAACCCGAGCCAGAGUUGCUACUGGGAGCCCCCGGCAGAUCUGUUCGUCUACAAGGCCGGCGGUCCUCGCCCCUCGGUGCAGCGGCUCCCACCCUACACAAUCGAGAGCAACAUGCCGUUCCUGAUGGGUUUCGUCACCACAGGCAUCCUGCGGCUCAAAGAUGAGGAUCGCUACAUCGUUGCCGAUAUCAAUGUCUACCGCGGAAAAAAUGGUAUGUGUGCCCAACUCUGCGUCUUCCGCUCUGGGGCUAAACAGUGGGAACUCAGCCCCGAGAUGCCUGCCCCUCAGCCGCAGGACCAGAGCAAUGGCGGCCAGUUCCCCAACCUCUGGUCAACCGACAAUCUGCUUGCUUUUGCCGGCCGUUUCCUGUGCUGUGUUGACUACAUGAGUGGUGUUCUGCUAUGUGACUUCGCGAUACAAGACUUAUCCCCGGUGCUCCGCUUUGUGCCUUUCCCUGGGAAAAAUGAUUUCUCUGAUGAGGAACGGGUUGAAAGGCUCUUCCCUGACAGAUUCCGAAGUGUGUCCAUCAGCCAAGGCAUGCUGUGCUUUGUGCACAUUGACAAUGACUUCCAUGGGUCGCCUCCUGCGAGAAAAAGGUGAGCCCAGCAGAAGCGGCCUACCCAGGAUAUCACCGUUUGGACGUUGGACUCCAACAAGUUCGAGUGGAAGCUACAUCAUGUGAUCAACCUGGAUUCUCUCUGGGCGCAACCUGGCUACCUAGAUCUGCACAUAGAUCAGCGUCUUCCUGAGUUCCCAACCAUCAGCUUGGAUGACCCGAAUGUUCUUUGCUGCCUGUUAACAGAGGAGGAGUUUGAUGGUGAUGGGUGGAAUAUCAUGGUUGGCAACAAUGCACAUCUGCUGUCAUGUGUCUCUCUGGGUGCGGAACAUCGCCAUAACCACCUUCCUGAUACCUCCCCACUUCCAACUGUCUUCUGCAAAUACCUUGAAAGGCCAACAGGGAUAGCAUGUGACAACAAGCCAACUUGUCUUUCAGUGGACCCUAAGAAGCGUAAGCAAUUUGCCAGUUAAAGGGCUGGAAUCUGCUAACUGCUGUUGAACACUUUGGUGUUGCUCAAAUCGAAGAUGAUGUUUGGUUCUGGUUCAUCGUGCACUGCAGGCACAGUCAAGUCAAUUGGGCAAAACAUUGCUUUGAUGUGAUGAAGAUGAUGUACCUAUGAAUAUCUAUUAGAGUAAAUGAUAUGUAAUGGUAUGUUUAAGAGUUAUAAAAGUUUGAGAUUGAACAUCUUUUCUUUCAUAUUAGACAGAUAUGAAAAUGGAAUUGAGAGAGGCGCUAAUUA